CUAGUGUUAUUCUUGCUUACGUCUUCGUCAUAGAGAGACAGACACACAUAGAGAGAGAAUAUCAACAUCAAUUCCCAUAAGGACGAUCUUGGUUUAUUUUUCCAGAAAUCUUUUCCAACUUGGAACCAGAGAAAUGAUUCUCGCAAAGCUACCUCUGCUCUGGGUAUAAGGCUGCUAUCAAGGAGGAUUGCAUACAAUUACGUGUACAAUUAUAUUGGAUGAAUGCCAGGAGGUAAGGUGCGUACCUUGCAUCUGCAUGUGAGGUACAUUCAGGGAGAUACCUUAAUAGGAGGUACCCUGGCCCUGGCGUCGGCGAUGGGUUUUAGGAUAGGUACCAAACCUCGGAGGCAUCGCGUUUUUUUUUUUCCCGAGACAGAUACCUUAGGUAAUCAGCGAGAACGGCCCCCCGGUUGUGUGGCUGUGUGGCUGUGCUUCUGGCAAGCCCCGGUAUGAGGUUUGGCAAUUGCCCAACAACAUGCCUAGCUAGCUCUUCGUCUGCUCGUCCACCCACCUCUCACAUUCCCUCCACCGACGCGGAGCUAUCGACUUCGCCAACUCCAAUUACUCUCUCCUGCCGUCCACCAGCAACCUAUAUGCCAAGAUGGGCUCGUCAGAGGCCCUUCCGAAAGCCACCCGUGAGGAGAUGCGGGAUGCCAGACUCCCUCUAGCCUACCGGGACAGCUGCGCAAACCUCCUCAUCCCCCUCAACAGGUGCCGCGUCGAUACGUACUACCUGCCAUGGAAGUGCAACGAUGAACGCCAUAGCUACGAGAAGUGCCAGUACGAAGAAUUUAAGAAGCGCGUCGCCAGGAUGGAUGAAUUGCGGGAGGCGAAAGGCGGCGCACGAAGCAAUUGAGCCACGACAUAGGCCUCGACUGCAUUUUCGACGGGGAAAAGAAGUUUCCGUUGUACAUAGGCCGUAUUCGUCGCCUGCGAAGAACUGCGGCGUUGAGCCACGAAAUACCGUCUCAAACCUUAAUCUGCCUGGGGCCCUAAUGCUGACCGUUGCCUAGCUGUGACCUGUGAUAUCGUCCUUCGUCUGCGAGUGUUGGUCAAAUACGCCUCUACUUAGCCCUAAGCUGCUUGUCGCCUCGGUCGUACAGUCAUAAGAGUAUUGGUUAUUGGCACUUGGAAUCGUGAUAGCAUCAUACUCAUGGGUCUCUACAUGAGGUUCCGCACAUACCUGUUCUAGUCAACGAUGGCAUUAUCUGGCCAAGUUACUAUGUAUGGCCUAGUGUGAUAGAUUAGCGUUAUGGGCCCUGCUUUGCUCAUGCCGGAGACAACACACUGCAUCUUGCUCAUGAAACGUA